CGACGCGCCCCUCCCCGCGGGCGGCGGGUGUCGGGCACGAGCGAGCGGCGGGUGCGCGCGCAGGCCGGUUCCCCUCCGGGCACGCAGGGUUCCUUAUAGGCGGCGCGAGCCCCCCCUACCCCGUGGAUUAUGUCGGUGUCCCCCGUGAAACGGCAGAAGAUGGAGUCGGUGCUGGACCAGCUCAAGCACCACACCACCGUGGUGGCCGACACCGGGGACUUCAACGCAAUUGAUGAGUACAAGCCCCUAGAUGCCACCACAAACCCAUCUCUGAUACUAGCUGCUGCUCAGAUGCCAGCUUACCAGGAACUUGUGGAUGAUGCUGUUGCCUACGGCAAAAAACUUGGUGGGUCAGAAGAGGAACAGAUCAAAAAUGCCUGUGACAAGCUUUUUGUAUUAUUUGGAGCUGAAAUACUGAAGAGGAUACCUGGCCGUGUCUCCACAGAAGUAGAUGCAAGGUUGUCCUUUGAUAAGGAAGGCAUGAUUCAAAGGGCCAGGCGCCUCAUUGACCUUUAUAAGGAAGCAGGAAUUGGUAAAGAUCGUAUUCUCAUAAAGCUCUCUUCAACAUGGGAAGGAAUCCAGGCUGGCAAGGUUCUGGAAGCAGAGCAUGGGAUUUCCUGCAACAUGACCUUGCUGUUCUCCUUUGCUCAGGCAGUUGCCUGUGCUGAAGCUGGAGUUACUCUGAUUUCCCCAUUCGUAGGACGUAUCCUGGAUUGGUAUGUUGCAAAUGGAGAUAAGAAAACCUACGAGCCUUCAGAGGAUCCAGGAGUGAAGAGCGUCACCAAGAUCUAUAACUACUACAAAAAGUUUGGCUACAAAACUAUCGUAAUGGGUGCUUCGUUUCGAAAUACGGGAGAAAUAAAAGCGCUUACAGGCUGUGACUAUCUCACCAUUUCACCCAAGCUUUUGGCAGAGCUCAGCAAAGACUAUGUCAAGUUGACUCCCAUGCUCAGUGUAAAAGAGGCUCAGGCCUGUGAGCUUGAGAAGAUCCACCUGGAUGAGAAGGCAUUCCGCUGGCACCAUAAUGAAGACCAAAUGGCUGUGGAGAAACUAUCUGAUGGGAUCAGAAAAUUUGCUGCAGAUGCAGUUAAACUGGAGAGGAUGUUAAAGGAGCGAAUGUUCAGUGCUGAAAAUGGAAAGUAGAAAAACCAGAGUUUUCUGAGUGGUCAAGGUUGAAUGAGUGGAUCACCUGAGGUUAAAUGGAUGUACAAAUGUCUUACCUGUAAAAGUCUUAUGCUUUGUAUGGAUAGAUUUCUGUAUCAUGCUUUUUUAUCAAUUUGCAAAGGGACAAAUAGAAUUUCAAAUUUUUGUGGCACUUGUCAAUACAUGCAAAUUAACACAGA